AUGUUGGCAGGGGCAUUACUUCUGGGCACGAUCCUUGCAGCUUUACCAGGGGCCCAGAGCAGGUGGAGUGUGUCAUUCUCCCGGAGAGAGAUUUGUGUGUGGGCAGGAACCACCGUCACUCUGCCCUGUCGCUUUGACUACCCAUCAGGUCACACAGUCAAGUGGGUCAUGUGGUUUCGUGUGUCAGCAGAUGGUCAGAGGGAGUUCAUCCAUCACUCUGACCCAAACCAAGUUAGCCUGUCCUACCGUGGACGCACACGCUACGUCGGUGGGAGCUACUCCAGCUGUUCAGUCCAAAUUCGAGCUGUCAAGCUGAGCGAUGCGGGCCAGUACCACUUCAGAUUCGAGACAGACCAACCACUAGGAAGAUGGACCUCUCCAGACACCAUCACUCUCGACGUAACAGACCUCCAGGUCCAGCUGUAUCCAACAAGGCCAGCCAAUAUGUUUGGCUUUGGCGAGACUGUGUUUGUAGGCUGCCAGGCCAGAGGAUGUGCUGCUCCCGGAAGGAGCCUUGCAUUGUACAGGAAUGGGCUAAACCUGGGUUCCUAUGAUAAAUGGAUGAUUAUUAAACGCUUUGACCAAGUACACACUGGAAAGUACAUCUGUCGACCAAUCCCACCGCAGAAUGUUCAGUCUCCGCCCCUCUCUUUGGCGCUCGGCCAUGCUCCUCACUCCACCUCCAUAAAAGUGUCUCCUGUAGGGGAACUGUCAGAGGGGGGGUCUGUCACUCUGACCUGCAGCAGUGAAGCAGCUCCACCUGUAGAGAGCUUUGCAUGGUUCAAAGACAUGGAGACCGGCAGCAUCCCAGACAGUUUCCGUCCUCAACUCCACAUUUCUCAUCUGAAAUACACAGACAGAGGAGAGUACUUCUGUGUGGCACGUAACUCACUCGGAACCACGCGUUCCAAACCACUUCUUCUCAAUGUGACAUACUCUCCAAAAAACACCCGUGUGGUAGUAACACCGCCUGGCGACACCCGAGAGGGCUCCUACGUCAACCUCAGCUGUGUCAGCCAUUCUAACCCUCCUGCCAGCAGGCAUGCUUGGUAUCGAAUCCUCGGUGACCAGGUGUCAUCCAAAGGAAGUGUCCAGAACCUGACGUUCCUCCCAGUACGUGCUCACCACUCGGGUCAGUACUACUGCACUGCAUGGAACCGAUUAGGACAUCAAAGCUCUCAUACCGCCACUCUCACUGUGCUGUACCCGCCCAAGAACACUUCAGUGCUGGCUCGUCCUUCUAGUGUCGUGGAUGCCGGACGACCUUUGACCCUGACCUGCAGCAGCCAGGCCAACCCAGCCGUGGACAACUUCACUUGGCACCGUUUAACGCACAACGGCGCCUCUGUGCAACCGUGGGGCAGCCGUACCGGUCCUGUGUUCGCUUUCGCAGAGGUCGGGCCUGGAGAGAGUGGGCAGUACUACUGUGAGGCCAGGAACCGCAUCGGAGUCCACAGCUCUCCUGUCCUCACAGUGAGAGUCAGAGGUCGUCUAAAGGCCAUUGCUUUGGCGUCAGCGGUGGGAGUGUCUGCUGGGCUCAUCACUCUAACAGUGGCCAUUAUGAUUAGCAAAAACAUGCACAGAGUUGACAUGGAAUCAGCUGAAGUUGCCGCCAAGCGGCCCUCUGUGACAGCUGACACUAUGUUCUAUGAGACCAGUCAGCCUGUGGUCCCAACGAGAAUGCCGGACAUACCGGAGGAACCUGAAGACUUGAGUGACAGCACCCAUCCUGAUAUUGUUCCUCUUAAGGAUGCUCCUCCAAUCACAGAAGCUGAAGCUCCCAGGCUCGCCUCCCAAUACGUCACCGUCCACUUCUCCAAACGCUCGAGUACUGAUGAUGUGCAGGUCCACAACUUUCCACUUGGGGGCGACAAGAAAGCGAAGGAGUCCACCAAUGUUGUUUACACUAUGCUGCCCCACCACCCUCACCACUGAGUGUUUCCGGUUUGGAUCAACCACUUGUCAUAGACACAAAGUGUGAACAUGAGCAAAUGCUCGUUUGUCUUCACGACCUAUAAACCAACUUGUGGUCCUGCUGCAAACUGACUGAGUUCACGUCCUCCUAUUUUCCCCCCUACGCAUCAUAUCUCAGAUCCGCACAAAUUGUCUACAGUGCUAAAAAAGACUGCUUCGCACCCUUUCCACUGAGCAAAUUAACCCCCCUGCUGCUUUUUAGAGCUGGUCACAUCAAUGAAAUCA